CUCCCUCAGGCCGCCAUGGCCACCCCGCCCAAGCGCAGCAGGCCCGACGGCCGCCUCAAGAAGGUCGCCGUGGAGGGCAACAUCGCUGCGGGGAAAUCCACCUUCGUGAAUGUUCUGAAACAAGCCAGUGAGGAGUGGGAAGUGGUUCCCGAGCCUGUCGCUAGAUGGUGCAAUGUCCAGCAAAGCUCCGGAGACGAUUGUGAGGAGCUGAGCACGUCGCAGAAGAGCGGCGGGAACGUGCUGCGCAUGAUGUACGAGAAGCCGGAGCGCUGGGCUUUCACCUUCCAGACGUACGCGUGCCUCAGCAGGAUCCGGGCUCAGCUCCACGCCCUGGAUGGCAAACUCCGGGACGCGCGGGAUCCCGCGCUCUUCUUCGAGCGCUCCGUCUACAGCGACAGGUACAUCUUUGCUGCUAAUUUAUACGAGUCUGACUGCAUGAACGAGACUGAGUGGACAAUUUACCAGGACUGGCACGACUGGAUAAAUAAACAGUUUGGCUCGAGGCUGGCACUGGAUGGGAUCAUUUAUCUCCGAGCCACUCCUGAGAAAUGCUUGAAUAGGAUUUACUUGCGUGGAAGAGAUGAAGAACAAGAAAUCCCCAUUGAAUAUCUGGAGAAGCUUCACUACAAACAUGAAAGUUGGCUGCAGCACAGGACACUGCGAACAGAUUUUGACUAUCUGCAGGAAAUUCCGAUUUUAACGCUCGAUGCUAACGAAGACUUCAAAGGCAAAAAGGACAAAUACGAUCACAUGAUCGAAAAGGUCAAGGAAUUUUUGAGCAUGUUGUAAUCCUCUUUGAAGUACAGAGUCAAACCAUUCCAAACUUCUGUGCGGUCAAAGUCUCAAGUGCAGCUUCUUCCUUCUUUUAUAGGAAGCCUCUGGAGAGGCACGGCUCAGUGCUGGUGAUUUGGUUGUGAGGAAUAAAUAAACUUUGUGAAUAGUGAAAUUAUUAAAUUAAUAAUGGGUACAUCUGUUCAGUAUAAUGUGAAGUAACAGGCACAAAAUCUAAAGAGACAAGGAUUCUGAGCACUGCCAAAAGCUGUGCCAGUUUUUGAUCAGACCAGUGAGUUAUAGAGUAUUUUAUAGAUGUUUUUAAUUUAUAUUGUGCCCAACUGCUAUUUAAUUUUGAAGAAGGUAGCUGGUUUUUAGAUUCUUCAGUGGUUUUUUUUUAGUUGCAUGAAUUUGUAAUGGAUGUUUUGUUGUUCCCAGGAAGUAAAAGAUAAAAACCAUUUUUGCUGCUGAGGGAAUUCUAUUAUAACCUGGAAUUUUACAUUUUAAGGUACACAAAAAUGUUUUCUGAUGCUUUUGACAGAAGAAGUUCUUCAUAGAAUACACUGAAUUAAAUCCAAAUGUGACUGAAAUUUUGUAUAUAGCGAGUGAAUUUUUAUAUCUGUUUCUAUUAGGCACUGCAAACCAGGAUAUUCAAGGCCUUUUUGUUACCUAGCACGUUUGGGGCUUUUUAACCAAUUGUUUUUUUAGCUGUUCUGAAAGCAGUGUUGCUUUUGUUGCUGGUCAGUCCUGUUCUUCUAGAGAGAAAUAUAUUUAUUUGCUAGGUACUGGGCAGAAGGGCAUUUUGCCGACAGCCUCCAUCUGUAAAUGACGUGCUGCUAAACCAUCCCAUAAUCCCAUUAGGGAUGUGAGAGGUGGCUUCCUGCCUUUGUUCCAGCUGCUCCAUGUGUUCACUGGGCCUUCUGGUGCUUAUCCCAGAUCCUGCACUGUUGGAAGUAGGUUUUGUGGUCUCCCGUGCAUGGAGUAAGAAGGGGGAGACCUGUCUGGAGUAGCUGCUUCCUGAGCCUCUUGUUCCAGGUGCAGAAAACAAACUUCAGGCCACCCAUCUCAAGUGCUGGGAUUUGUGAGCUGCCUUGUUUUGCUUUAAACCCUUCUGAGUGUACAGUCGGCUUUGGAAGGCAGAAUUUUAUUGUAAAGCUUUUUAUUGUCUACUGUGGUGCUUCUGCUGCCUGCUUGUUGGAGAUGAGAUUUCUUCCUUUAUGGCUGGAGUUGUGCUGGCAUUCUCUAACCAUUGGCUGAAAAAUAAAAUUGGUUGGAAAGACUU